UGAGAGCCUGCGAUAACACAGCUGCGUAUUUGUCUUUCAGUUGAGUUGCAAUGAACUGGCUCACGAAGGGGAGACACAACCUUGCGGGCCCACGCUGAGACAAGAAUGGCCCCACCUUCUGGGCACAGCCUCCUGCUGACCAGCGCCCUGGGCAUCCUUGUCCUGGGUUGCUUCACAGGAGGUCAGAGGAACAGCACUCUGAUCUUCACGAAGGAAAACACCAUUCGGAACUGCACUUGCUCCGCGGACGUCCGGGACUGUGACUACACUUUGGCCAACUUGAUGUGCAGCUGCCACACCGUCCUGCCUUCCGCAAUAGAGCAAACCAGCUACGACGACCGACUGACCGUCUGGUUCACAGAUGCAUCUGCACUGGGCCUUCUGCUGAACUUCACGUUGGUCCGGGACCUGAAGCUCUCUCUGUGCAGCCCCAACACUCUCCCCGCCGAAUACCUGGCUAUCUGCGGUCUGGAGAGGCUUCGGGUCAACACCGAGGCCAGGCGGCCGUUGCCAGAGCAGAGCUUACUCAUCCACGAUGGCAGGGAAAGUGAACCCGGAGAGAAGCCCGCGCGGUUACCCGGAGGCCGGCAUACGUGUAUGUGUAUCUCAUUCUUAGAUGUGGCGCUUUUCAACGGGAAUUCAUCCUUAAAAGCGUACAGUAUAGAAAACGUUGCCAACACCACCAACCAUUUCCCCCACUUUUCUUACUUUGAAACCUUCCCAAUUUUGAGCAACCAAAGCUAUGUUGUCACGUUCAUUUACUAACGUCGUCAAAGGUUCCAACCGCCAGGAACUUUGGCAAACUGUGGAGAACUUGAAAAGGAAUCUGGGAACCAGGCCAUGGGUAUCCUUACCUUCAACUUCACCUGUCCGCCCAGCCCCCAUUCACAUAUACACAGCCCAUAUACACAGCCACCCCUCUCUGCUCCGCUCCGAGCCCAACCAUGGGAGCUGUUCAGAAAAACAAAAUAAAUAGAAAGAAACAAACAAAAAACAAACCCCAAAACACAAAGCAAAAAAAAAAAAGAAAAAGAAAAAACCUACUUCAGUCCAGAACAUCUUGUGAGCCAGCUAGAGGCCAGGCCCGGGCUCCCGGGGGUCUGGGCAGAAACAUCAGAUGGGGAAAGGAGAAAGCAGGUCAUGUCAAGGACUGCUUAGCGGGACUCCGCACAGGGGAUGACGCCCCAAGGAAGAUAUCUUCCUUCAAAACACUGCCUUAGUUUCUUUUCUCUUGCUUCGUUUUGUUACACUGGACUGGAAUUCCCCUAAGAAGAGAACGCUAGAUUUCAGAUGCUUCAGGACUAUGCGUUCCACAAAAUGAUUCGGUUCUCUUUAGACUGAUGUUUUCCAAAGACCUUGCUAGACACGUCUGCACUGAGAAAGGGGAGUUUUGAGAGUGGAACAGGCCCGGUGAGGGUGGGACCUUAGGACCAAAGGAGAGCACUGGGAUUUGAGGAGUGUGAUACAGAAAUGAAAAGUCAGGGGACACAAAAACCGAUGGCAUAGAUCUCAACAUUUUGCUUACAGCAAGACCUAAACCCAGGGAGUUUCUCUUGUGGACCUUUUGCUUUCAUUCUUUCUGUCUUUGCCUUCCUCUGUCUUGGUCCCCGGUGUAACACUUCGGCUUUUUCUCCCCCUCCCCCUCCUCCCUCCACUCCAGAAAUAAGAACUACAUUUAACAUCACUAGGGGCUAGUCUGGGAACCUAAUAAUCAUUUAGAAUGUGGUUCUUAUGGGCACAAAUGCUCAUACUACUAAAAUAUAAUUAACAAAAGAAUGUUUAGUCCAUCUGGAUGUUUAAUUCUGGGAAAUUAAGACACUUUCUCUGACAUGGUUGACAAAAAAGGGUCUUAGGUGUGGUGACAAAAGAACUGAAGCAACAUAUUUAAAAAUUUUUAAAAAGUGAACUGACCUCAAGGUACAAAGAAAACUUUUCCUCAUAUACUCAACUUACCAUUGAGACAGAAUGUAAAGAAUCCAUGACGAUGAUGCUACAAAUGUCCAAGUCAAAUGCAGGAGGAAGCAGAGACAUAAUCGCAUUCAUAAUGUGAUAAUGGUAAGAAAGAGUUUUAUUAUCAAAUAACAGGAUAUCUUGAGGUUGAAGAUUUCAGAUCACAUUCACCACAUUUUUCUCUUAACUUUAAACAUAGGGUGACCAAAAUAACCUGAAAUGUCUACAUUUGCUUAAUUGGUGGGGGAUUUGGCCAUUUGGGCUAAUUAGCAUGAGUCCAUAAUGUCAGUAUUUAAAUUAGGCCAAAACGACGACCAAAGUAUGAAUCUUAAUAGGAUAAUGCAAUGACCUCAUUACUGACAUUGUAUUUGAGACGUAAGAUUAAAGUGACAGAAAAAGACAAGGAGAAAACAGGAGGAAAAAGGAAGGCAAGAAGGAUACAAGCGAAAGGAUGA